GGGCUGAUUGCGCACAGCUGUGUGUAGAUCAGCGCACAGCUGUGUGCGAAUAUCAGCGACCGCACCUGUCCGCUCCCGACCUGAAGCUCUCGGCUCAGGAUUGUGCACACACACAUAUAUAUACACACACACACCCUGCGUUUACACGGCUGUCGUUUGUUUAUCAUGGAAAAACACGUGCUAAUGUCAGCUGCCCUGCGUCAUGUUGGCACCGUGGUCGUCCUGCUGCUGCUCACCCACACCAGCCCAGAGCUGGUCACUUCUACCACAGUGCGCAGCCUGGACGAGCUCAGCUCCUCGUACAGCAGCAUCUUCUCCCCGCUGUUCAAAGCCCUGUCAGAGCACGGAGGGCCCCGGUGGAGCCCAGCUCUGAAGAAGAAGAUGAAACCUGAGCACAGGUACAUAAAGUUUCUGAGUCAGGUCUACAAGAGGUCAUCCAGAGUGCAGAGGAGUCUGGACGGGAAUAAAACCUACAACACAGUCCGACUGAUCAAGCCAAAAGAUGAAUGUCUGGCACAGGGUGACAAAGUGAGUUAUAUGCAAGAUCUUUCGUUCAGCCUCGAUCAAGUGAGAAGAAGGGAGCAGCUUUUGAAGUCGGCUCUGCUCUACCAUUUGGACGAUGGCCACGCGGCACCUCUGAACACGAUCUGCUACAUGAGUGUGAGGGAACAAGAGCAGCUGAACCAGUGUCAUCUAUGUCCUGUCAUCCAACAGGCUGUGAACUUUACAGCCGACAGGAGGAACAGGAAGAACUGGGUGGAGGUUGACAUCACCUCGGUUGUCAAGCCACUCCUUAAGUUUCAGAAGAAGAAUAUACAACUGCUGGUCAACGUCACCUGCCCAGACAAACGUGUAGUCAAGGAGGUCACCUUAAAACCUCCUCCUCUGCUGCUUUAUCUGAAGGACACCAGCAAAACCACUCAAAGACCAUUGGCCAGUGAAAAACCAGGAGCAAGUGCCGCAGCUGAGUCUUUUCACAAGCAGAUCAUGUUCAGACCAGAGCAGAAGUUUAGGCACAAGAGGAGAUGGAAGAGACACGCUCUGAAGAGCAAAAGAGGCGACAGGAGCUUUGACGUCCACCUGCCAGACCUACGCUCACCUUCUGAGUUCCCAACCAAAGACUGCGCUCUGUAUGAUUUCAGAGUGUGCUUCAGCCAACUGAAACUGGAUCACUGGAUUGUUUUCCCUCCAAAGUACAACCCUCGAUACUGCAGAGGCAUCUGCCCAAAGACCCUGGGAUUCAUCUACGGUUCUCCUGUCCACACCAUGGUGCAAAAUAUCAUCUACGAGAAGUUGGACUCCUCUGUGCCUCAGCCAUCGUGUGUUCCCUCACACUACAGCCCCCUGAGCGUCAUGAUCUUCGAAGAGGACGGGUCUUACGUCUACAAAGAGUUUGAGGACAUGGUUGCGACCAGGUGCACAUGUCGCUAAGUUUCCUCCCAAGAUGUGCUCGUGCCUUUAUCCUUUAUUUAAAGGCUAAAUAGAUCAGCACCACAAAAGCCUUCCAACAGUUGUCACAAGUGAACUCUACCUCAAGAGUGCAUCCUCCAAAUAUCAAAAAAUCUGACAGGCCUCAGUGAUUUCAUUAUUUAUAAAAUGCCGUGCAUGAGCUAGACCGGGUGUGUUUUAUCCUAACAAAAAAUAUGGAAAGGUGAAGUUUGUUUUCAUUUCAUUAAGGCAGAACAAGACGGGGUGGAAGUGCAUCCUCUUGUUCAAGAUGCUGUUUGCAUAAUGGCAUCACGUCUGGCACAUUUGAAGAAAAAGAAAUGUAUGAUUAUGAUUUUUUUAAGUUACGUUUUGUUAAUUUAUUUUGGGUGGAUGGGUCUGUUCUUCCAUUUAGCACAAAUGUCAAGUUUUAAGUAAACCUGGUUGUGAAUGAAAGAAAAGGAAGCGGUUAGUAUACAUAAGCAAACCUUUUACAUAUCGUUUUAUCCAUGGGGAUUACAGACUGUCAACUGUCUGAACACUCCUGUCUUCAAAUUGUCCGGAAUGAAAGUUGUCAAGGUUUCAAUGUGUAUUUAUUACUUCUGGUUACCGAGUGACUGCAUACAUCUGACUUUGUACUGGCCAAAUGUGAAUACCUGCAUUCCAUGACUAUUUAUACAAACUGAAUGAAUUCACUGUGUCUGUGUUCAGUUUAGAGAUAUUCAAGACAAUGUAAAUAGGUAAUAAUAUCCUGACAAGUUGGAAAAAUAAAAAUAGCAGGCAUAAAUAUUGUUUGUCUGCAUACAUCUGGCUGAAA